CGGCCCCCGGUAGCUCCGCCAUCUUUGUCGGCAGCCCAUUGUUCACUCUGAAGCUAACAACGGUGUCAAAACCUUCUGCAUCUUCUAUUAAAUUACCGUGACUGUGUCACCAAUAGCUGACUGUGAUCGUCGUGGAUUUGCUCACAAGGUCGCGACUUGUUUUCGGCCACUAAGUGAGACAGAAUGGACGACGAACAGCCAAAAACCUUGUAUGUGGGGAACCUGUCCCGGGACGUGACGGAGGCCCUCAUCUUGGAGUUGUUCAGCCAAAUAGGACCCUGUAAAAGCUGCAAAAUGAUAGUAGAUACAGCAGGUCAUGAUCCAUACUGCUUUGUGGAGUUCUAUGAGCAUAGACAUGCCACAGCUACAAUCGCAGCCAUGAAUGGUCGGAAAAUACUGGGUAAGGAGGUGAAGGUUAACUGGGCCACAACCCCAACGAGCCAGAAGAAAGACACAAGUAGUCACUUCCAUGUUUUUGUUGGAGACCUGAGUCCAGAAAUCACCACAGAUGACAUAAAAGCAGCUUUCGCUCCAUUUGGAAAAAUAUCGGACUGUCGUGUCGUGAAAGACAUGGCCACAGGUAAAUCUAAAGGCUACGGGUUUGUCUCCUUCUUCAACAAAUGGGAUGCAGAAAACGCCAUCCAGCAAAUGGGAGGGCAGUGGUUGGGAGGCCGACAGAUCAGGACCAACUGGGCCACGAGGAAGCCUGCUCCUAAAACAACGAAUGAAACAGCCAGUAGCAAACAGCUCUCCUUUGAUGAGGUGUUAAACCAAUCCAGCCUCAGUAACUGUACUGUCUACUGCGGGGGAGUCACACAAGGUCUCACAGAGCAAUUAAUGAGACAGACUUUCUCACCUUUUGGCCAAAUAAUGGAAAUCCGUGUUUUCCCAGAGAAAGGCUACUCCUUUGUGAGGUUCAACUCCCACGAGGCAGCAGCUCAUGCCAUAGUUUCUGUUAAUGGCACUUCCAUAGAGGGCAACAUUGUGAAGUGUUACUGGGGGAAGGAAACAACAGAUAUCGUACAGGGUCCCAUUCAGCAGGUACAGAUGGCACAGCAGAACACCUUGAGCUUCGCUGCCCAACCUUACAAUCAGUGGGGGCAGUGGUACAGCAACACACAGCAGAUCGGUCAGUACGUGCCCAAUGGAUGGCAGGUGCCAAGCUAUGGCGUCUAUGGGCAGGCCUGGGAUCAGCAGGGCUACAAGUGAGUGGAAACAUUACACCAAUCCGAAAUAAACAGCACUGCUUCUUACUGAAAGGCAGAUUUCAAUGGUCUAAAGAAGGCAGCCUAAUGAGUUAAAUCA